ACUUCAAGUUUAAGAGCAUACUAGGUGAAGAACAAAGCGGAAAAACGCUCCUAUGUGAAUUUCGUGAUGAUAUGAUCGCUUUGAAGAGUGUAGACUUAUCGAAGGCUCCAUCGUAUGUCCUGGAAGAAAUGCAAAAAGAAGUUGAGAUUUACAAGGAACUUGCUGAUAUCAAAGGCAAGUAUAUCCCGAAGUUGGUCUGUUAUGGAUAUUAUGGAGGAGGUAUGAGCUUCGUUAUCGGCUUGACCAUUGUCGGUACUACGUUGAGUGACCAAAAAGUAACAAAACGGCAAAGGUCGAGAGCUAUUAAGGGAUUAGAAGCAAUCCACAAAUGUGAAGAGAAAGCUUUUCGAGGAGGAACAGCUCAAAUUAUCUCAAUUGCUAGAUAG